CUUGGUUGCGCUAGCUGUUGUUAUUGAUGAAGCGGAAGAAUUGUGAAAGCCUCUGAAAAGGACCGACUUAUCAGCUCGCCGGGUUAGACAGCUAGCUAAGUAUUCAAAUACAAGAGCCGAAAUGACGACUGCUCCAUACAACUACUCUUACAUCUUCAAAUACAUUAUUAUUGGGGAUAUGGGUGUAGGGAAAUCAUGCCUGCUUCACCAGUUCACAGAAAAGAAAUUCAUGGCAGACUGCCCCCACACUAUUGGAGUCGAGUUUGGCACGAGGAUAAUCGAGGUGAGCGGCCAGAAGAUCAAACUGCAGAUCUGGGACACUGCGGGACAGGAGCGCUUCAGGGCCGUCACACGCAGCUACUACAGGGGUGCAGCAGGGGCACUCAUGGUCUACGACAUCACCAGGAGAAGCACAUACAACCACCUUAGCAGCUGGCUGACUGAUGCUAGAAACCUCACCAACCCUAAUACCGUGAUCAUUCUUAUUGGUAACAAGGCAGACUUGGAGGCCCAGCGAGAUGUAACCUAUGAGGAGGCUAAGCAGUUUGCUGAGGAGAACGGUCUAUUGUUCCUAGAGGCUAGUGCAAAGACGGGUGAGAAUGUGGAGGACGCGUUCCUGGAGGCAGCCAAGAAGAUCUACCAGAACAUUCAGGACGGAAGCCUGGACCUGAACGCCGCCGAGUCUGGUGUCCAGCACAAGCCCUCCGCCCCGCAGGGCGGCCGGCUGACCAGUGAACCGCAGCCCCAGAAGGAAGGCUGCAGCUGCUAAUGACCCCACCCGCUGACCCUCCAGCUGACCUCUGCCCCCUGUGCCACAGCCUCCCUCCACCACCCAGGAGCCCACCUGCCUCCACCAAUGCCCUGUCAGUCUGGGCCCCAGAAGGCUCUGAGCCAGGGAUGGGCUUUACACCACACCCAGCCAUCCACAUCCAUCUCCCCCCCCUCAUCUCUCUCUUUCUCUCUCUCUGUGUCUCUCUGUCUCCCCGUAUCUAUCUCACACAGCUAUGCUGUAUGGACCCAUGGCCUACACAACCCAGUGCACCCAGCACUUAUGAUGAGAUGAGCAAGCCUCAUAGGUCACACAUUGUGAUUAGAACACUGCAACAGAGAAAUAGGCCUUGGUGGCUGGCUGGCUGCUCUACUGAAGAAAAAGCCUUUUUCUAUCCACAGCAGAAACCAUGAUGUGCAUAACUAUAAAUGGAAUGAUUCAUCACUGUUGUGGUGUUUUGAAUGUAGUACUAUUUUAAUUCAAAUUAAAUUAUUACAUUUAUAUAUUCUAUGGAAAGAGUUUCUGCAAAAUACUCAGCAAACAGGCACAGAUAUCAAAGAUAAUGGAUGCAUGUGUAUAACCAUUAUCCAUAUUGUUCAUUCUUUUUAAACGUUUCCGGAGGUUAUAUCGGUCUUGAAAUACAUUGGAUUGACUUUUUGUUUGAUAUAAUUAAUACCAAAUAUUUGUUCUUUUUUACCCAUUUAUUUUGUGAACAUUAGUGGGAAAUGAUGGGUACAAUAUAAUGUAGAAUAUGAGCGUGUGAAAGACCAAAUUGUCCGUUUUCUUAGGUGCCUCAAUGAGAGAGAUCUGACCGAACACUCUGGCAUGAAGUCCAGGAGAAAUCUUUGCACUUUUUGUGAUGUGUAGCGUUGCUGGUCUGGAGGCCGUUUCAGUGGAGAUGGCCUCCAGCAGGGGUGUAUUCACUAGAAACCAUAUGGAAGCAAACAGGGAGGGACUAACCUGAAAUUGUCCAAUAAGAAAAGCUUGUUUCCGUUGCAAAAUAUUUUCCUUUGCAAAACGUUUUGCAUAUGUUUUGCGUAUGUGCACUAAUGAAUACACCCCAGCAGUAGAGGUUCUGACCAGUGAGACGUCUCAGGUGCCCACUCCAGCUGUGACUCAAACGGGAGUAUUGUAUGUGGAUCUCUGGUGGCUGUGAAAAUGUGUCAUCCUGCUCAGCCCGUGGCUUUCUAUCAGAGGGAUAAUUUGUAAGUCGCUCUGGAUAAGAGCGUCUGCUAAAUGACGUAAA